GCUUAAACUGUUUCUGGCGAAGACUGAGCAGGUUUAGCCAUGGAAGCAGCAAUCAACAACACUCGUUCUUCUUCUUCUUCUUCCACAACUUCGUCUUCUUCUUCUGACUCUACAUCUUAUGGGUCUUCUAAACAAGAAGUGAGAGAAAGAGACAUGAAGAAAUCGGAAAAGAUCAAAGGGCCAUGGACUAAUGAAGAAGACAAGAUUCUAUCUCGGCUCGUCGAGCGACACGGUGCUCGAAACUGGUCUCUGAUAAGCCGUUACAUACCGGGUCGGUCCGGCAAAUCGUGCCGGCUUCGGUGGUGUAACCAGCUCAGCCCCAACGUCGAGCACCGACCCUUUUCUGCUUCAGAGGAUGAGACUAUUUUAGCUGCUCAUGCCAAGUACGGAAACAGGUGGGCCACCAUUGCUCGAUUACUUCCGGGUCGGACCGACAAUUCUGUGAAGAACCAUUGGAACUCUACGCUUAGGAGGAAACAGAGAGAAGUGGUAGCGGAGGGAGAUAGCAGUGGUAGUGGGAGUGGGAUGAGUCGGGGGUUUGGGUGUUUGUCAUCGACACCGGCGGAGGCGGAGCCACUGACUGCUUUGACGCUGGCGCCGCCGGGGGUGGGUUGUGCUCCACCGGAGAGGCAGGUUGGGAUGGAGAAUAUGCCGGCGGCGUUUUGGGAUAUGAUGAGGGAUGUGAUUGCGAGAGAAGUGAGGAAUUAUGUGACAUCUUCCUUGUCUGAAACAGCAACUGCUGGGCCUGGGCUUGGGCUUGGGCUACCUUGGAAUGGCUGAGACUUGAGAGAGUAUAAUGGAUUAGCA